UGUUCGGUAACUUUUACCGAUGCUCGGGGUGACUAAAGAGAGAGCUCAGGAGACUUCAGACAUGGAAAGAGUCCUUCGCACCAACGUGACCGAGUUCGUCCUCCUGGGUUUCUCUGACCUCUCUCAAUCCCUUCAAGCCGUUCUCUUCACCUUCUUGCUCUCCGCCUACCUUCUCACGUUGUUUGGAAACGGUCUCAUCCUUUUCACCGUCACAUUAGACCGCGGCCUUCACACCCCCAUGUAUUUCUUCCUGAGGAACCUCUCGUUCAUUGAACUCUUCUUCACCACCGUCACCAUCCCCAAGGUCCUGAGUGACUUCAGAUCCCAGAAAAGGUCCAUCUCGUUCUACGGCUGUGCCACGCAGAUGUUUGUGUUUUUCGCCGUCGGGGUCACUGAAUGUGUCUUCCUCGCCGUGAUGGCCUUUGACCGAUAUAUGGCCAUCUGCCGCCCCCUGAGAUACUUGUCUGUGAUGAGCAGAAAGCUGUGUUAUAAACUGACCGUCGGGUCUUGGCUUACGGGACUUCUGGUGUCUUUGGGACAAACCACCUUCAUCUUCACCCUGCCUUACUGCGCCUCCAACCACUUAGAGCAUUUCUUCUGCGAUAUCCCCCCUCUGCUGAGCGUGGCCUGCUCCAACACCUUCAUCAACCAGCUUUCCGUCUUCAUGGCGUGUCUCACCGGGGCCACCAUCCCAUUCGUGCUCAUCCUCUGCUCGUACGUGCGCAUCCUGUCCUCCAUCACGCUCAUCCGCUCCGCCGAGGGUCGUCACAAAGCUCUGUCUACGUGCGGCUCCCACCUCGCCUCCGUCAUCCUCUUCUACGGGACCGCCAUGUUUAUGUAUCUGCGCUUAGGGUCCCGCCGGCCUACCGGCAACGACAGGCCGAUAACUCUGUUCUACUGCAUGGUAAUACCCGCCAUUAACCCUUUGAUUUACAGCCUGAGAAACAAGGACAUGAAGAGAGCGCUCGUGAAGCUCGUCGUGAAACCGCUGGGAGGGAACGAGGGCUUUCGCUUGGACAAAAUUUAGUGUGAAAAAGUGAAAUUCUUGUACUAAAUUCCAUUGAAAAUAAAAAAUGUAA